CCUGGGAAUAUUUAUUUAAUGAUGUGCGAACGUGACGUUUUAAAUUGUAGCUUAGUAAAUAAAUUGUAAACAAUUCAAUUCCAAAUUCCGAGUGUAUAAUGGACAAUGAUAAACACGACUACUGGAAACUGCGGUCCUUAUACAAAGAAGACGAUGAUGAUGUUCCGCGCUUUCCGCCAACGAACGUGGUGGAACCCCUGACCGCUCGCAACUUGUUCCAACUAUACAUCAAUACCUUCAUUGCAGCCAACCUGGCUGAGUCGUGUGUUUUCCCACUGGACGUGGCCAAGACCCGGAUGCAGGUGGAUGGCGAGCAGGCGAAAAAGACGGGCACCAGAAUGCCCACGUUCAGGGCAACUCUUGGUAACAUGAUCAAGGUGGAGGGCUUUAGGUCCCUUUACGCCGGCUUCUCGGCGAUGGUUACCCGGAACUUGCUCUUCAACUCGGGGCGCGUCGUCAUGUACGACAUCUUCCGACGCCCGUUCCUCUACGUAAACGCGGGCAACGAAGAGAUCAAAGUUCACUGGUCCCUGGCCUGCAGCUUCAUAGCAGGGUGCAUAGCCCAGGCGUUGGCCAAUCCCUUCGACAUCGUCAAGGUGCGGAUGCAGACGGAAGGUCGUCGCCGUCAGCUGGGCUACGAGGCGCGGGUGAGCAGCAUGGGACAGUCCUUCGCCGAUAUCUACAGGCAUGGGGGACUGCCCAGCAUGUGGAAGGGCGUGGGUCCCAGCUGCAUCCGCGCCUGCCUAAUGACGGCCGGAGAUGUGGGAAGCUACGACAUCAGCAAGCGCACUUUUAAGCGCCUGCUGAGUCUGGAGGACGGCCUGGGGCUGCGCUUCCUUUCCUCCAUGUGCGCAGGACUUACGGCCUCCGUGCUCAGCACUCCGGCGGACGUGAUCAAGUCGCGUAUGAUGAACCAGCCGGUGGACGAGAGCGGCAAGAACCUCUAUUACAAGAAUUCCAUCGACUGCCUCAGAAAGCUGAUCAGGGAAGAGGGCGCGCUCACUUUGUACAAGGGCCUGAUGCCCACUUGGUUUCGCCUUGGGCCCUUCUCAGUUCUAUUUUGGUUGUCCGUCGAACAACUGCGGCAGUGGGAAGGCCAGGUUGGUUUUUAAGCGCAGACUUUAUGUAUUGAUGUAUGGUUGUAUAACUAU